GCGGCGGAACGACCGCUCCCCCACCCCCAUGCUUCUCGGCUCGAUUUGGUGCUGAUUCGGUCCGGAAUUUGGGUUUGCUUGCAGGAGAGGCCGAGGCUGAGGCGGCUGGAGUUCGUGCGCGCGGCGGCGGCGCAGGCGGCGCUGUGCGUCGCGGGCCUCUACGCGCUCGCCAGGGACCACGCCGGCCCGCUCCGCCCCGGCGUCGACGCCGUCGACUCCGCCGUCAGGGGCGUCGCCGGCCCCGUCUACGCCCGCUUCCGCGGCAUCCCCCUCCACCUCCUCGCCUUCGUCGACCGCAAGGUGGACGGCACGGUGGAGGAGCUGGACCGGCACCUCCCGUCGGCGCUCAAGUCCGCGUCAGCGAAAGCGUACGAGGCGGCCCAGGCGGCGCCGGAGCUGGCCAGGGAGAUCGUCGACGAGGCGCGCCGGUCGGGCGUGACCGGCGCGGCCCGCGCCGUGUACGGCAAGGUGGAGCCGGUGGCCAAGGACGCGUACGGGAGGAUCGAGCCGGCGGCCAGGGACCUGUACGUGCGCUACGAGCCGGCGGCGGAGCACCUCGCCGUCUCCACCUGGCGCGCGCUCAACGGGCUGCCGCUCUUCCCGCAGCUGGCGCAGAUCGCCGUGCCCACCGCCGCCUACUGGUGCGAGAAGUACAACAGGGUGAUCGUCUACGCGGCGCAGCACGGGCUACCCGGAGCCCGGUACCUCCCGGCCGUCCCCGUCGAGCGCAUCGCCAAGGUGUUCGGGGAGGGGUCGCCGCCGGAGGCCAAGCCUGUGGAAGUGAACGAGACCGUCGGGGAAGGGUCGCCGGAGGCCAGGCCUGUGGAAGUAACCGAGACUGCCGAGUAG